CCAUUGGAAAAUGCGGUGGCAGCAUUCCGUAAGCAUGUUGGUGGGGCAUGUAGCAUCCAUAAUAUUUCAAGGACAUCAUGUGAAUAUUUUAAGAAUCAAAGGGCAAGUUUGAAAAGCAAAGUUAUAACUUAUACCAAAGAUUCACUAGCAAGGUAUGAAACUUGUGUAGAUACAUCUUUGGGCAUUGUAAGUUAUUUGUCAUUGCAAAGCGAACCAUUCGGUGGACACGAUGAAUCUUCUUCUUCUUUGAACAAGGGCAAUUUUUUGGAGAUGCUUGAUUGGUAUAAAGAAAGGAAUAGGGAUGUGAAGCUAGCAUUUGAUGAACUAUGUCCUGGAAAUGCCAAAAUGACUUCCCCGGAGAUUCAGAAAGAACUUGCCAAAUUUUGUGCACUCGGGGUCACCAAUUCAAUCAAAGAUGUAUGGUUAUCUUUUCUCUGUUCUUAUUGGUAUGUAAACAAAAAGGGAGAGGUUGUGGAAAGAUUUUUGGGUACUGAACAUGUCCCAAACACAACAUCACUAGCUUUAAGGCAAGCACUUUUGGAGUUGAUAGUUGUUGCUGUAUCGAGAUAUUGUAAAGGUCUCGAGGAUUUCUUUAGUGAUGUGGCCAUGAUUGUCACUCUUAGCAGUUCAUCUUGCAGGAGGAAAGAUAUAUUGCUUGAGAAGCAAAGACAGGUACUUUUGGCUAAGAUUGAGAAAGUUUUGGGCAUUGUUGAGGACGAUGGCCGUGUUCCAAGUAGGGCAGGAGGUUUGGUUCAUCAAAUGGAGACUUUUAGCUUUGUGUUCCUCCUGAAGAUGAUGUUAAAACUAUUUCGUAUGACAAAUGAUGUAUCUCUUCUAUUACAAAGGAAGGAUCAGAAUAUUGUUCAGGCCAUGUCUUUGCUUAAGGAUGUGAGAACACGUUUGGUCAAUUGGAGAAAUGAUGGUUGGGAGCCACUGUUGGAAGAUGUCAAAUCAUUUUGCACUGAAAAUGACAUCGAAAUCCCAAGUAUGGACCAAAUGUUGCUUCAGAGCUUCGCUUGUCUUGAUCCAAGAGACUCAUUUGCUAGGUUCAAUGUGGAUAGCCUUGCUUAUGAUGAUGAUUUCUCUAAUUACGAGCGAAUGGCAUUGAUUUUACCGGUGGCGACGGCAACAGUUGAAAGGGCCUUCUCAGCUAUGAAGAUCAUCAAGACCGAGUUGCGCAAUAAGAUGUCUGAUGGUUGGCUUAAUGACUUGAUGGUGUGCUACAUUGAGCGGGGGAUAUUCAAAAAUCUUGAUCUUGAUAAGAUUAAAAGAGAUUUUCAAAAGCAAGGUAGAGCUAUGCCAUUGCCUGGGCCUUCUAUAUGGCACUAAAGCUUCAUUAUCGGUAUGUCUCAAAGUUCUACUUCUGUUUUAUUAUGUUUCUGUCUCGAUUGUACUAAGUGAUCAUGUUUACAAUCAUAGAAAACAUUAAUGUGAUGGAGUACUUCAAGGCCAUCAUUAAUUUUUUUUUCUAUGCUUUGAGAGUUCGCCCCACCUUGAUUUUGUUUCGUCCUCCGCCCAUGGUCGUGUCAAUGCAUGAGUGUGGCUAGCAUGCACAGCACUUGGAUUCAUUUUGCUUUUCUUCACCUCUCGAGCCAUGGGCAGAGGCAUCCCCGGGAGACGGUGAAAUCGCCCGUGUCAUGUCUCCUCUUUGGCUACCGACGGUGAAAUCAUAAUAUAUUUUUACUGUUAAUAAAUUCAUUUGCAUAUAAUUUAGAUGUUUGGUAUUUUUCUGGAAUAUUGGAUUUGCUGUAUUUUUUUUAUCGACCCAGAAUAUUUACUUUUUUCUCUUAUUUUUCUAUGAAUCUUUAGAUUAGUUUAAAUUCAUAGCACAUUAUACGGUAGAUUAGUUGAUCAUUACAUGUUUUAGUAAGAGAGCUGCAUUAUGUGUGGCACACUUCAGUUUGUGUGACAAUUUUCUUAUCUUGAAUUUCCUUUUUCUUUUACAUAUACUUUAUCUUUUUUGUACGCACGAUGCACUAAGCAUUGAUUUUCCAUAAUCCAUUGGCUUGUAUGCUGAGGAUGUUUUCAGUAAAUGUUCGACACGAAAUUUCCCUGUGUGGUUUCUGGUGUUGCCAGCAGCGAGAGCUGUUUGACGUCAGGUUGCGGCUCUGGUAGUAGAUUUGGGUGCGCUGCAUCUUUGGGGUUAUAUUGAAACCGAAUGUCCUUGCUAGCUAUGUACUCCUACAAAAAAAAAUGUAUCCUACAUAACAUCUACGACAAGUUGUUUCCUUUUCUAUUUAUUUUUUAAAUAUCAGUCCAAUUUUGGCUA